AGUCUGACUGACAUCUCUUCCUGGGAACAAAAGCUUCGGCAGGUAGGAAUGGUGCCCCAAGGUGUGCAUGUCCUACUCAUCUGUUUCCUCCUGGAGCUGGCCAGAAAAGAUCAUGCAGAGAACUUUCAGCAGGCCUUUCGGGUGGAACCAGAUAACAUCACCAUUCAUGAAGGGGGAACAGCUCUACUAAAGUGUGAGGUGGACAACCCCUCUGGCAUUGUGCAGUGGGUGAAGGAUGGGCUUUUGCUGGGUCCUGAUCAAAACAUUCCACGGUUCCCUCGCUACAGCAUGGUGGGAGAUCCUAACAAAGGCCAGUAUAACUUGCAAGUAAUACAGAGUCAACUGGAUGAUGAUGCUUCAUAUGAAUGCCAGGUGGGACCUUCAGAGAAAAGUGGUGGUAUUAUCUCCUGCAGUGUGCAACUCACUGUGCUUAUUCCCCCUAAAAGACUACUCUUUAUGGAGUAUGAGGCCAACAGCACUGUGACUUGGGUGGCCGGCAUGGAAUACACAGUACGUUGUCAAGUGAAUGAUGCCCGUCCUCCAGCUGAGAUUGCCUUCAGUAUGGGUGACAAAGACCUGACAGAUGUGACAUCUUACAUCCAGCCUGGUUCCGGAGACAAACUCUUCAGCACUGAGGCUACUCUGAGGAUCACACCCAGGAGUUCGGACAAUAAGCGACGGCUGACCUGCAGAGCCUCGAAUGCUGUUGCUUUAAUCCCAGUGAUGGUUGGCUUCACUAUGAACAUCCUGUUCCCCCCUCAGCCACCCCACAUUGAAGGAUAUAAUGAACUUAUAGUAACAGGCAAGGAACUCAAACUGACCUGCCAUUCUUUGAGUGGGAACCCACUGGCCACUCUGCAGUGGCUGAAGAAUGGCGAAGUCAUUUCCACUAACUGGGAGACGGACGAAGCCAACCAAUUGUCCAGGAGUUCUCUGAGUUUCAGCAUCAAAGCAGAAGACAACAUGGCGACAGUGAGCUGCCAGGCCUUGAAUCAAGUCUUACAAUUUCCUCUGCAAGCCAGCACUAUCCUGAAUGUGGUCUUUCCUCCCGAACAGGUGAAAAUCAUCGGCUCAAGCAGCACCCAAGAGAACAAGGAGAUCUCUCUGUCUUGUUUUACUUCUCCCAGCAACCCUCCUGUAUUUCUGCGCUGGUGGCUGGGCUGGAAGGAGCUUAAUGCCACUGAGGUCACCAACUCAGAGGCAGCUCACGGAGGGAUGAUUACAGUAUCGAAUCUGACACAUGUAGUGCACCGAGAAGACAAUGGUCUAUCUUUGAUCUGUGAGGCCUUCAACGAAGCCAUUGUGUACACCAAAACUGCAAGUGUGACCCUCAGAGUAAUGUAUCCACCUCAGAAAAUCUGGAUUGAUGUGCCACCUCUGGAAACAUGCUUUCGAGCUGGCACUGAAGUCAAGCUCACCUGUUUUGCUAGCGGCGGGAGCCCUUCACCUCGUCUCGAGUGGUACAAGGUGACCUGUACACACUUGGGAGGAGCCACAGGAAUGUGUGGGCAGCAAGGGCAACUGUCUCCUAGGCAGAGUGGACUGCUGCAGCCUUGCCUGGGCAAGAAGGAUAUCAAAACAGUAAGGGAUGGAAUAACCUCAAGGACAUCGGGGAAUAUUGUUUCCAGGGAGCUGAUCCUGACCCUUACUCCCAGUGACAACAUGGCUACCUACCGCUGCAAUGCUACUGGCGUUUCCAGAACCCCAGCACUCACUGCAUAUACUCUUCUGAAUGUCCAGUUCCCACCUUUACAUGCAACAAUAACAGUUACAGACAAGGAACUGAGACGCGGCCAGUUGGUAACCCUGACCUGCAAGUCGGGAAGCAGCAACCCUCCUGCCACUCUCACCUGGAUCAAAGAUGGAAAGAAGUUGGAUGCAACUAAUUUAGGACAGAAGAAAGCAGAGUAUGGAGGUUUCUCUGCUUCUGGGAGAGUAGCUCUGAGGGUAUCAUCUGCAGAUCAUGGGAAGAGAGUGGAAUGCCAUGCAUACAGCUCGGUCCUCUCUGAGGGUGUGAAUUCCUUCUAUCAGUUCACUGUCCUGUUUCCACCGGAGUUCUCCAGUGAGCAGCCCCACAUAGUGCAAGCUGUGGAACAGGGAUCUGUCCAGUUGCCCCUGCUGGUCUCUGCCAGCCCUCCUGAGAUCACUUAUCGCUGGAGCUUCCUGGGAGAGGUGCUCUUGACAGAGGGUUCCCCACGGUACCACCUGAGGGAUGGUGGCUCCCUGGAGAUUUGGAACGUGACCCGAGCUGAUGCUGGAAAAUACAAAAUCUACUGUGAGAAUGCAGAAGGGCACAAUGAGACAACAGUCACUUUGGAUGUGCAGUAUGCACCAUCAAUUCGCAGCAUUGGAGACCCAACCUAUGUAGACCUGGGGGGCACAGCAGAGAUUGUGUGCCAGGCCGAUGCCAACCCUGCACCCUUGAACAUGUUUCAGUGGAGGUGGCUGGGUGAUUUGGAGAGUAGCUUGGAAGAGCUGGGCAUUGUACUGCUUUCAGAAGGGCUGACAGGACAACUGAGGGUCCAAGAGGCACAACGAAUCCAUGCUGGACUCUAUGAGUGUCAGGUAGACAAUGGCAUCUCCCCAGCAGCAAGGAGCAGCGCCCGUUUGAUUGUGCGAUACCCACCAGAGAUCAUCAAGGGCCCUGGACAGAGAAAAGUGGCAGCUACAGGGGAUGGAAGAAGCCAAGCUGUGCUCCAGUGCAGUGCUCAGGGUGUUCCUAGGGUCCAGUUUGGCUGGGCCAAGAAUGGUGUUUCCCUUGAUCUCAACAGUCCCAGGCAUACUGUGGUUACAGAUCAUGCAGGCUCCUUGCACACCAGCACCUUAACCAUUGCCAACGUGAGUGCAGUUCAUGACUAUGCCACCUUCACCUGCACAGCCAGCAAUGAACUUGGCACAGAUACUCUCAACAUCCAGCUGCUUAGUACCAGCCGCCCUGACCCACCUAGACAGUUAAAGGUCAUUGGCGUUUCUCACAACUCGCUGGCCUUGGAGUGGACCCCAGGCUUUGAUGGAGGGCUUCAGCAAAGCUUUCGUGUCAGGUAUCAUUGGUCAGGAGUUCCCAGCUUUCUGUAUGUGGAUGUCUUCCCACCACAGUCCUCUGUGUUCACUUUAAUGGGCCUGCAGCCAGACACCCUCUACAAUGUCUCUGUGAAUGCACACAAUGCUCUUGGAGAAAGUGACUUUGCUGAUGGUGGUGCAGGGCUCAGUGUCACCACUGCAGAGAGAAUGCAAGAACCAAUUGACAAAGAGACAGAGAUUCCACUCAUACCUGAACCAGAAAGCCCCUUGCUGCCAUUUCCUAUCAUCAUCCUUCUUGGAGCCCUUGGGGGGCUUCUGAUAUUUUCCAACUUGUUCUUCCUGGGCUGCCUACUUCGUAGGCGACAGGCCCAAGACCUCAAAGAAGAUGAAACCCGUGGAGCAAGCAAGGGUAAGGUGCGAUUUGGGAACAGCUAUACAGUAUGCAGUUGGCUGAAACCUGGUGCACGGCUAGAGGAGCAUAGCUCUGAGAUCAGCUCUACUAAGAUGUCAACAUCUGGAUCUGCAGCCACUACAGAGACUUGGUCCCAGUUGGGUCACCAAGCUGACAGAGAGAGAGUUGGCAGCAUUACAGAUUGCAACAUCCUACCCCCUUGGCUUGGCUCCCCAGAGCCCCAUGAAUAUGAAGAAGUGAGGCUGUCUGGGCAAUAUGAAAAACUAGCACCUCUGUAUGAAGUCUGGCCCCCCAAGGAAGAACAGUGGAUUCACGAAUAUGCAAGCCCGUAUCAACAGAGCGGAAGAUUGCCAGCUGGGUAUGCAGAAGCCGUGCAGAUGUACGAUCCUGUGGCAGAUUACCUGCUCCUGGAAGGAGAGGUGCCUUUUGAGGAGAAAGGAGAACUGGUCUAAGCAAAGCUACAGCCAGCGUAUCUGAUCCAUCAGGAUUUGGUUGUCUUGUAUAAAGUAACCUCUGAUU